CUCCACCUCAAAUCAAGAAACCCCAAAUCUGUUCUCUGUUCAAUUUUUAGUCGCUUCACUUCGGAACAGAGCCCCCCUUCCAGUUUCGCCGUCGGCUCUGCUUCUGUUCUGUUCCCGCCGUAUCUGAAUCGUCCUCUCGAAUUUCAGAAGGCGUUGCUGAAUCUGAUCAUCAUCGGGUGGUUUAAGAAUUUUGGUUGAUUGAAGAGAAGAAUGGCGUCGGCUGCCGGCGGCGGGGAAGCUACGUCUUGGAAUCCUCAGGAGGAGGGUCUGCGGGAGAUAUGUGGGCUUGUGGAGCAGCAGAUGGCUCCCACCUCCGAUGAUAAGUCGAUGAUUUGGCAGAAGCUCCAGCACUUUUCUCAGUUCCCUGAUUUCAACAAUUACCUUGUUUUCAUUUUUGCGCGGGCUGAGGGGAAAUCAGUGGAGGUUAGACAAGCAGCAGGCUUACUUUUGAAAAAUAACCUUAGGAGUUCCUUUCAAACUAUGCCACCAGCAAACCAGCAAUAUAUAAAGGCAGAAUUGUUACCAUGCAUUGGGGCUGCUGAUAGACACAUUAGGUCCACAGCUGGAACCAUUAUAAGUACUUUUGUUCAAAUUGGGGGAGUUGCAGGAUGGCCGGAAUUGCUCAAUGCAUUGGUGAAGUGCUUAGAUAGUAGUGAUAUAAAUCAUGUGGAAGGUGCAAUGGAUGCUUUGUCUAAGAUUUGUGAAGAUGCGCCGCAAGUACUUGAUAACGAAAUUUCUGGAUUAUCUGAACGGCCUAUUAAUGCUUUUAUUCCAAGAUUUCUCCAGCUUUUCAACUCGCCACACGCUACAUUAAGAAAGCUUUCCUUGGGUUCAGUGAAUCAGUUCAUCAUGCUAAUGCCCAUGGUUCUGCAAAUGUCCAUGGAUAAAUAUUUGCAAGGCUUAUUUGUCCUUGCGAAUGACCCUGCACCAGAGGUUCGGAAGUUGGUAUGUUCUGCAUUUGUUCAGCUAAUUGAAAUCCGUUCUGCUGUCUUGGUGCCACAUUUAAGGAAUGUAAUCGAAUAUAUGUUGCUAGUCAACAAGGACCCUGAUGAAGAAGUGGCCCUUGAAGCAUGUGAAUUUUGGUCUGCUUAUUGUGAAGCUGAACUGCCACCUGAGAAUUUGAGAGAAUUUUUGCCGCGACUUCUUCCUAUUUUGCUGUCAAACAUGGCGUAUGCUGAUGAUGAUGAGUCUGUUCUGGAAGCUGAGGAGGAUGGAUCAGUUCCAGAUCGAGAUCAGGACCUAAAGCCUCGUUUUCAUUCUUCACGUUUUCAUGGAUCAGAAGAUGAAGAGGAGGAUGACAACAUUGUAAAUGCCUGGAAUCUGCGCAAGUGUAGUGCUGCAGCUCUGGAUAUUAUUUCCAAUGUGUUUGGAGAUGAAAUUUUACCUACUUUGAUGCCCAUUGUGCAGGCAAAGUUGGGAAUGCCUGGUGAUGAAGCUUGGAGAGAUCGGGAGGCUGCAGUUUUAGCACUUGGUGCCAUUGGAGAGGGCUGUAUUAAUGGUCUCUAUCCCCAUUUGUCUCAGAUUAUUGAGUUUCUUAUUCCACUGUUAGAUGAUAAAUUUCCUCUAAUACGGAGCAUCUCUUGUUGGACCCUUUCACGUUUCAGCAGAUACAUCGUUCAGGGUUCUGCUCGUCAAGAAGGUCAAAAUAUAUUUGACAAAAUUCUUAUGGGGCUACUUCGAAGGAUAUUGGAUGAUAAUAAGCGGGUGCAAGAGGCAGCAUGUUCUGCUUUUGCUACACUUGAAGAGGAGGCCGGAGAGGAUUUGGGACCACGACUAGAGAUCAUCUUGCAACAUUUGAUGUGUGCCUUUGGGAAAUAUCAGCGACGGAACCUCAGGAUUGUAUACGAUGCAAUUGGAACAUUAGCAGAUGCUGUUAGAGGCGAGCUGAAUGAGCCUAAAUGUCUUGGGAUCUUGAUGCCCCCACUGAUUGCAAAGUGGCAGCAACUUUCAGACUCUGAUAAAGAUCUUUUCCCACUUCUAGAAUGUCUUACAUCUGUUGCCCAGGCACUAGGUACUGGAUUUUCACAGUUUGCUCCACCAGUAUUUCAGAGGUGCAUAAACAUCAUCCAGACUCAGCAAAUUGCUAAGGUUGAUCCUGCUGCGGCUGGGGUACAGUAUGAUAGAGAGUUUGUUGUUUGCUCCUUGGAUCUUCUCUCUGGACUUGCUGAGGGGCUUGGCCCUGGAAUUGAGAGUUUGGUUUCACAAAGUAAUUUGAAGGAUUUGCUGCUAAAAUGUUGUAUGGAUGAAGCCUAUGAUGUUCGGCAAAGUGCUUUUGCACUGCUGGGGGACCUUGCAAGAAUUUGUCCCGUCCACCUACAUUCCCGUCUACCAGAAUUCCUGGAUGUUGCUUCCAAACAAUUGAGCAUUGCAAAGCUGAAGGAAGCUGUGUCUGUUGCAAACAAUGCUUGUUGGGCUAUUGGCGAGCUAGCUAUAAAGGUUCACAAGGAGAUAUCUCCUGUUGUACUGAAUGUAGUUUCGUGCUUGGUACAAAUACUUCAACAUCCAGAGGAACUGAACAAAUCUCUCAUAGAAAAUAGUGCAAUUACACUGGGAAGACUUGCUUGGGUUUGUCCGGAGGUUGUUUCACCACACAUGGAGCAUUUUAUGCAGUCUUGGUGUGCGGCUCUGUCCAUGAUUCGUGAUGAUAUAGAGAAGGAAGAUGCUUUCAGAGGCUUAUGUGCACUGGUCAGAGCAAACCCAUCUGGAGGUUUGAAGUCUCUUGCAUUUAUUUGCAGGGCUAUUGCAAGCUGGCAUGAAAUAAGAAGCAAGGACCUACACGAUGAUGUUUGCCAGGUUGUGCAUGGCUAUAAACAAAUGCUUAACAAUGGAGGAUGGGAACAAUGCAUGUCUGCCUUGGAACCCUCCGUGAAAGACAAGCUGUUGAAGUAUCAAGUGCUGUAAUUCCUGCAAGAAGCAAAUGAUUCUUCCAUAUCCCACAGAUCAUCUCUUACGAGUGCCUGUUUAUGAGAUGUACAUUCAGCCUGCAUCUGUCUUAAGUCUUCUUUACUGCAUUUUCCAAUUGUUGUGGAGCUGCAGCAACCCCCGGCCUCAGAUUAUUUACCAUAUAGGGCUGUACUAUUUGAACUCUCGUCCUCUUCUCUUAGGCAGUAUAUAGAAGAAAAGUCAGAAGUCAUCGAAGUUUGCAUUCAUCUAUCUAUAUGUUGGCUUCAUGGAUGUUGGACCAGCCAAAUUCUUGGAGGUAAUAUCCAUUGCAAAAGUUUUGUUAGAUUCUUGUCCAAGACUAUCCUAGGGUUCUAGAAGUUGUAAUUUUAUUUGGAGACAGUGUGUGAAAUGUCGUUGCUCAUUGUGGUGGGGAGGGAGUACCACAAUAAAUGAAUGCCAUAUGAGGAGAGCCUCCAGUGUGAUCGAUGUCAGGUAUUUCAUAGGGAUUUGUAUUAUUAUUGAUGAUCCAACCAAUUCUUUGAGUAUUUUUUUCUCUUUAUGUUGAUAAAAACCAGCGUGGCAGAUAUUCUUGGACACUUGGUUUAAGCUUAUGGCUGUAUCAUCAUUAGUUGUUGCUUCAAUCUUAAAUUUUGGAGAGUGCUUAAUUUAUUUCCUAUUUUGUUGUAUCAAUGCUUUUCUUGGAUUCU